CAAAAGGCAUAACCAAAAACUCAUAGUGUCCAUACCUAGUUCGAAAAGCGGUUUUGGGUACAUCCUCAGCUCAAUUGACGAAGGAUGUUGUGUCUUUAAAUUUUCUUACGCCCAUGAGAAUUAUUAGAGAUGCAAUCCUGGAAGUGGGUAGCCCUGCUCCAAUAUUGAUUUCAGAAGGGGCGAAUACCAUGGAUGUUGGGAGGUCAGUAUUAAUUCAAACUGAGCCGAGGACCAGGUUGGAUGCAGGGACUUGGGGGACUAUGGGGGUUGGUUUAGGUUACUGCAUUGCUGCUGCUGUGGCUUCACCUGAUCGCCUUGUGGUUGCAGUUGAAGGUGACUCUGGAUUUGGGUUCAGUGCCAUGGAAGUUGAGGACACUAGAGAUGCUGUUAAAACAGCACAACAACAUUUCUACAGCUUCAUAGAGUCCAUUGAUGCCUGCAGAACGCGUCUCAGUGAAUACAGAUGAUUCUUCUAACACUUGCUAUGAAAUGAAUAACUUCUAUGCUGCUAGGUUUGGAAAUCAGCAGAGGACCGAUUGUGUUCUUGAUAGGAGUCUUCUAUCAUGGUAGAAAUUCCAGAGUUUCUUGGAAGUCUCAAACCUGAGGAAUUUGCAGAUUUUGUGAAUGAGAGAUUGGAUUUCCAAGUUCUAUCAAGCUCCUGAAGAGAAGGAUAAAUUAGUACUAGUUCCCUUAAAGGGAGGGCCUGGUAGGAGCAGCUACAAGUUUUUUCAGCAAAGAAAGGGUAAGCCCCCAAAUUCAAAAAUUGGAGAAAAA